AUGGACAGAGUGUCGCGAUGGACAAAUGGGGUGGAUCAAGGGUGUGUUCUCUGCAACUCCUCCCUGGAGUCACGAGAUCAUCUGUUCUUUGAUUGCUCAUACUCCUCUGAAGUGUGGGAGUACCUCACCAAAGGAAUUCUAAAACGAUCCUACUCUCCUAAGUGGAUUGAAGUCAAGAAGAUUGUCUCGAACAAUACUGUGGCAGUGGAGAAAGGUUUUUGUCUUAGAUAUGCUAUGCAAAGCGCCAUCCAUGCGUUGUGGAGGGAGAGAAAUAGAAGUAGACAUGGAGAGCCUCAUACUCAGGUCCAAGUGUUUAAGAAGAUUGUCGAGAAUAGUAUAAGAAACAAACUUAGCUUGAACAGCAAAAAUGGACCCAAGAAACUUAGAGGAACUCUUUCUUUUUGA